UGGUCUUCAGCAAUGUUUACACGACAGUGUUAGGCCUACUGGCUUAGCUUGCUAGUUUUAUGAGAGAAACUGAAAUAGGUGAAAAAAGUAUGAUGUUUACAAAUAAAUUAUCAAUGUUUAAAUUCCAAUGAUAUAGGAAGAUCGUUAAUGUGAAUGCUAGUGAUUUCAACAAAAGGACAGGAAAACAGCUAGCAACCACUCAAAACACCCUAGCAACUGAUGGAAACACCCUGGAAUUGUGUCGAGGGCCACUCGAACGCCACGCUUCAUGAAGCUGGAGCCUUGAAAAUCAAGGGUUUUGGUGGAAUCAGCAGAGUUUGACUGUUCACAGUCAGUGAGCAAAACUCAGUAGAGACCAGAACACAGGGGAGAGUCAACACAGCCGACUGGAAAAACACAGACAAACCCCUCACCACACCACCGAGACUAGAGGUCAGCGAGGACAUGGCUGGCAUUCUGAUGCAUUUAACUUCUGUCAUUAUGUGCUGCGUUCUGAGCACAGAUUUAUUCAGUUCGUCUCAGCUCGUUCCUGAGAGUUUGAUUAUGUCGUCCUUCCAAGAGAGUCUUCAAAUGGUGAAUGCUGCACUGAAUCAAACUUCACAAGGGUUCGAUCCUAGGCCUUUACGCAUGUACACGCUCUCCAGACGGCCGGCACCAGAAACACAUCACAUCUCCAAAUCAGCAGAGAUCUUUCACAUGACUUUAGGGCUAUUAAAGGAGAAGGCGAGCAGGAAGCAUAAAAGAUCACUGGCUGUGUCAGAACUCCUUUCCGUGAAGGCAGUGGAGCGGAUAGCAAACCUGUCUGGAUGCCCUCACGCUCUCCAGCCCACCACCUGCGCCGAAGACGGAAAAUACCGCAGCAUCUCUGGAGUCUGCAAUAACAGGAAGAACCCGCUUUGGGGAGCAGCCAACACCGGCUUGGCCAGAUGGCUUCCGGCGGAGUACGAGGAUGAAGAAAACCAACCCAAAGGCUGGAACGCCGGACGCCAAUACAGCGGCUUCCAGCUUCCUCUGGUUCGAGAGGUGAGUAAUAAAAUCAUGCACAGCUCCAGCAUGACCGUCCUGGAGGACAGCGCUUACUCCCAGAUGCUGGUGGACUGGGGCCAGUACAUCGACCACGACAUCUCCUUCACUCCUCAGAGCUCCAGCCAAAGCGCUUUCUCAUUGGGACAGGACUGUCUGCACACCUGUAGCAAUGCUGACCCCUGCUUCCCAAUGCAGAUUCCCAAGGAUGACAAAUUGUCCGGCAAUAAAAGCUGUCUUCCAUUCUUCCGUUCUUCACCCGCCUGCAUUAACGUUCAGACAGAUGUGCGUCACGCUCUACAGCGACAGCAGAUUAAUUCAAUCACAUCCUUCAUCGACGCCUCGACCGUCUACGGCCAUUCGCCAAAUCUGGAGAAAACCCUGAGAAACCUGUCCAGCGCUGAAGGUCUGCUGGCCGUCAACAGUGAAUACAGCGAUGGCGGUCGGCCCUAUUUGCCCUUCGUCUCCGUCCGGCCGUCAGCGUGCCUCCAGGAGCCCGGAUCAGAGGCAGCAGAACGGGUCGAGUGUUUCGCAGCAGGUGACAGCAGGGUGAAUGAGAUCCUGCCCCUGUCUGUCCUGCACACGCUCUGGGUGAGAGAACACAACCGGUUGGCCGAACGCCUGACACGACUCAACCCUCACUGGGGGUCAGAGGUCAUCUACCAGGAGACGCGCAAGAUCAUCGGCGCGCUCCAUCAGAUCAUAACUAUGAGAGACUACAUUCCCAAGAUCAUCGGACAGGAAGCGUUUGAUGAGUACAUCGGUCCGUACGCGGGCUAUAACGACUCUGUGGACCCGUCUGUGUCAAACGUGUUCGCCACGGCUGCGUUUCGCUUCGGUCACGUGACCAUCUCACCGCGGCUAAGGAGACUCAACGAGAGCUUCCAGGAACAUCAGCGCUUCUCCUCUCUGAACCUCCAUCAGGCCUUCUUCAGCCCCUGGAGACUCAUAAGAGAAGGCGGGCUGGAUCCGGUCCUGCGGGGUCUUCUGGGUCGACCGGCUGCUCUGCAGAACCAGGAGCAUCUCAUGACAGAAGAAUUGACAGAAAGACUGGUGGUUCUCAACGUCCCACAGACUUUGGAUCUGGCUGCACUAAACCUGCAGCGCGGACGAGAUCACGGCCUACCAGGUUACAAUGACUGGAGGGUUUUCUGUGGAUUUGACAGAGUUGAAACCAGAUCGGAUCUCGUCGAGGUGGUCGGCAAUGCUGCUUUGGUGGAGAAAAUAAUGGAUGUGUACGGAAAUCCGAACAACAUAGACGUGUGGCUGGGAGGCCUGCUGGAGCGGCCGGCGUCCAGCGCGAGGACCGGCCCGCUGUUCGCAUGCUUGAUUGGGAAACAGAUGAAGAUGCUAAGGGAAGGUGACAGAUUCUGGUGGGAACAUCCCGGUGUGUUUACCCCAAAACAAAGACAGGAACUACAAACACACUCUCUGUCUCGUGUCAUCUGCGACAACAGCGGCGUGACGGAGGUUCCUCUUGAUCCGUUCAGACUGGGAUCUUACCCAGAGGACUUUGUGUUCUGCGGGAACGUCCCAUCGAUGGACCUGGAGGCUUGGAGGGAACGACCUGAUGACGACGUGAGACUCUGAUGAUGUUUUACUGCACAAUGAAGACAAUAAAGAGCUGCUGAACAAUGCGCAGGAACUACAGGACGCCGUACAGGUCUGAUGAAUCACGACCGGCUCUUUAUGCCGAAUAUAAUAUAGUACCGCAGGCCCUAAUUAGUGAUGGAUUAAUACUCUGUACACAGACCUGACUCAUUCUCCAAUCUCACAAAAGCAAUGACCAGUGUACUGUAACAUCUGAAAGCAACUAGUUUAUAAAUACAUGCUAAAUACCAAAGCAAAGAGCAGCUGUGCUGCUUGUGGCUUCAUGUAAAAUGCAUUUACUGAUGGAAGUGUAUUCAUUUACUGUAUGUUGAGUAGUGCAAGUUCACUAGUUCACUGUCAUACCUGGUUUUAAAAACUGAAAUACAAAUGUCCGUUUAACAUUUUUGGUUUUAAUGCUCUUAAUAAUUUUGCAGUAGUCCAUGCAUAUUUAUUAUUUAAACUCAAGAUAUACUUAUUGCAUUAUAUAUUCAUUGCAUGUCCCAUAUGUACCAAGGUUAAUAUACAGUGCCCUCCACUAAUAUUGGCACCCUUGGUAAAUAUGAGCAAAGGUGGCUGUGAGAAUAAAUCUGCAUUGUUUAUCUUUUUAAUAUUUAAUUCAAAAAAAUCACAUCAUUUAAGUAAAACUGUGGAAAUCAGGGGGAAAAUCUUAUUAUGAAAUAAAUGUUUUUCUUUAGUUCAUGUUGACCACAAUUAUUGGCACCCAAUUAUCGCAACGUGCUUUAUUCAGGAUGACAGCUCUGAGUUUUCUCCCUUAAAGCCUGAAGAGUUUGGAGAACACCUGACAAGAGAUCAGAGACCAUUCCUUCAUACGGAAACUCUUCAGAUCCUUUAGUUUCCCAGCUCCAUAUAGGGUUCAGGUCAGGCAACUGGGACGGCCGUGGCAAAAGCUUCAUUUUAUGCUCAGUGACACAUUUUUGUGUUGAUUUUGAUGUUUGAUUUGGAUCACUGUCCUGAUGGAAGAUCCAACCACAGCUCAUUAUAGAACUUCUAACAGAUGCAGUCAGGUUUACAUUUUUUAUCUGUUGGUAUUUGCUAGAAUCCAUGAUGCCAUGUAUCUGAACAAGAUGUCCAGGACCUCUGGCAGAAAAAUAAGCCCACAACAUUAAAGA